UUAAGGAGCGCAGGUAAUCACUUGUUACAGGGAGGAGUAUAACAUACUUGUCUUGUUUUCAUCCAGAAACGUGGUAGCUGGUGGAUGGACGCACAUGAUGUGAUCAGGUGACAGAAUCAUAGUUUAGUUACGAAAGGUAGAUCUAGUAAGAAGGAUUCAACUACUUUAUAUUAAACAAUCAUGGGCUUGCCAGUGAGAUUCAGCGUCGUGCACUGUGUUGGGACAGUUCUACUUGGUAUUGGAUUGACAAUGCACAUAGUGGGACUGGCCACCCCAAGCUGGGCGUCUGGAACACGUACAGAUUCAAGAGGUGUCUCUGUUACCAUAAUGUUCGGACUUUGGAAAGUGUGCUUCGGACCAGAGUGUAAAGAUUUGUCUGACUAUUCAACUAACAUCACAGAUGCAUGGAAGGCUGCAAGUGCCUUUGCUAUUCUGAGCAUGGUGGCAGGAAUAGCAGCUUUAGGUCUGGCUUGCUAUCAUUUUAUUAUGAGUGUUCUUGCUAAACCAGAAACGAAAACUUUGAAGUUCAUUAUAAUGGUAGCUGGAAUUUUAGCACUCUUGUGUGUUGUCAUCAGUACCAGUUGCUUUGGCGGAGGCGUGUAUCAGAAGUAUGAAAUGGACAAAGAUGGUUUAGACAUCGGGUACUCCCUCAUCCUAAGUGCUGUCGGUGGUAUCGCCAUCUGUAUAGGCGGAGUGGUGUUCUUUCUCGCCAGCUAAGGGGAAAUAUUAGUCAAAAAUAAGUAAAGUACCCCUUUCAGAUCUUGUGAUCUAUAGGGCCGAUGAUGUUAAGGUGGGAAUCUUAGUGCUACCAUAAUGCCUCUUGCGCUUUGUACCCCCUCCCCCUCCCCCCACUCACCGAGACCACUCGUUAUACAAGGCCUCAUCACUGACAUGCAACGUCACAGUCUGUAGGCAGUUUAGAUCAGGUCUGUACGACGUGGCAAUGAGCUAUUGGUCUCAACUGCCCACAGGUUGUGACGUCGCAAGUCAGUGAUGAGGCCUUGUAUAACGAGUGGUGACGCACUCACAGACAGAACAACACUCUGUCAAACCUGAAAACAAUAAUUUAGUGUAUUAGUAUAUCUGUAAGUCUUCUAGAGAGAAAAAGAGACAUAAAAGAGAGAGAAGGGAGAGAAAGAGAUAGAGAAGAUAGAGAGAGAAAAAAGAAAGAGGGAGAUAGGAAAAUUACAAAAUAUGAUUAAUAUAAUUAUUAUUUUUGUUUAUUAUUCUUAUAUUCCCAAUCUAUUUGUAAUCAUCGCGCACACACAUGUCAAAUUUGUUUGUAAAUUUUAAUUUGUUUCUGUACUGCUGAAUUGUAUUACAUUUUAAAUGCUUAUUGAUAAGUAAAUAAAUAUAUUGCAUUGGCUGA